AUGUCAUCAAACAAAGUGCCAUCCAUUAAUGUUGAUGAAUUCAUUGAUGAAGAGGUGGAUGAGGAAGAUCUAGCGGAGGAAGUGGAUUCCGCCCGAUCCCAACCGGCAGUAGAAAUCACAGAUGACCAAAUUGUUGCGGAUUUGUGGGAGGUAUUCAAUUCAAUUGAUAAAAACCAAGAUGGUGUUAUCACAUUCAUGGAGCUCAAAAUAAUGCUCAAGAGAUUGGGUCAGUACAAUUCAGACGCAGAAGUUCUUUCCAUGAUCAAAAACAUUGCUGGUGAUAAUGACUUGGUUGACUUUUCGUGCUUUCUUCGAGCCUUUAUGGACCCGUAUCGAGACAGUGUAUUGAAUGGAAGCGAUGAAGAGAUGGAUAGAAAAGUUUUUGAAAUUUUCGACGUAAAUAAGGACGGAAUGAUCGAAGAAAUUAAAGAAAUCAUCCACGAGUACUGCAUGGGAGAUUUGGCAGAAGAUUUCACUGAGGACCGCAUUGUUGACAUGCUUCACUUGUUGGAUACCAACUUUGACGGCGUGAUUGAUUUUAAGGAAAAUCCAUCUGAAAUUGUUCUAUCUGAUAGAUUGAAUACGGAUCACCAUCGUGGACGAUCCUCUCGUGGAAGGAGAUUAAGCGUUUGUGUGGUUGAUCCCUCUGAAGCUAAUAAAGCAUCGAACCAUGAAAUGUUGAGGAACAUUUUCAAUAUAUUCGAUCGAGAUAAUGAUGGAGUGAUAAGACAUGCCGAAUUAAAGCUCAUCCUCAAUGAUCUUGGAUACAAUCUAUCCAUCCAAGAAGUAGACGAAAUUAUUAAUAAUUCAGGAGCCAAUGGUUGCAUCACGUUCGAAGAGUUUAUGGAUUUGAUGAUGAUGGAUGAAAUGGAUGAGGAUGAGGAUCAUUCACAAGGCAAAAUAUUAGGAAUUGAUGAGCACAUUCCAUUCAUCCUUACCAAUGAAGCGAAUGACUCGUCCUGUGAGAAUAGUUUUGUAUUUCCUGCCGAUGUUGAGGAUGAGGACAUUUCACAUGAGAGAUUCCAUCAUCACCCCUCACUCAGUGGUCAUGGCAGUAAUCGAGUGAUUGAUAAGAGCUAUUCGAAGCGAGUACUUUUGAAGAAGAACCAUCAAGAGCCACCUUCCCCACCCUCAUCAAUCCAUUUGACUACUACCUCCAACACCACCACCACGACCUUCUCUCACCCACAGACACCCUCACAUUCUCCAACCAGCACGAUGAAACAAAAGACAUGUUUCUUUCCCGACCUCUCACCACCGAGAAAUCAGAACAACAGUGGUAGCCCUACCACAAAGAACAACCAGGUCGUACCAUUCGACCAGGUCUUUUCUCAACAACAACAACAACAACCACCAACUUCACCUACUGCUUCGACUCGACCUAGAUCAAAUAGUAGUGGCUCGAGUCCAUCUCAUUCUCCUCCAACAAGAGAGAAUGAACUGUACAAAGCAAGUUUUAUCACUCGAUUGCCUGCAAUCUCUAGCAAUGAGGAUCAUCAAAAGAAAAAAAAUCCAAAUUUGUUAGAUGCGUUGAAAAAACGACUCUCAAUCUUUGGUAAUAUCAACAACAGCAACAACAACAACAAUAGAUUGGAAGUAUUGAAUUCACCUAACACCAAGCUACCAUUAUUGGAUUCUAUAAAUACUAGAGCAAGAAGAAAUAGCUCACCUGUAGUACCAUUAGGUUCUAACAAUGAAAAACAUGGAAAACUCAUGCCACUCGGAGCUUCAAGAAAUAGAAAGUCAUCGAGUCAAAAUGGUAUUGACCCAAAAAAGCAAUAUUCAUCAUCACUUAAUACGAGUAGUUACUUUUCUCAAAGAUAUAGCUCAACAGAUUACGGAACAUUGCAUACUAAAGAUCAAUUAAGGGAAGCGUUUCAACUCUUUGACAGCAAUAAUGAUGGCUUAGUGAGCAAGGAAGAAAUGAAGAACGUAUUUUCAAAAAUAGGGCUUGUCACAAUCAUGAGUGAUGAAGAAUUAGAGCAGCUGUUCAAAAUUGUAGAUAGUGACAAUGACGGUAACAUCAACUUUGAUGAAUUUGUAGAACUAUUUCUCUUGUAA